CUUUUCUGGGGAGGGUCCGGAAAGAGUCACAGCACUGGAAGUGUGUCUUAUAAACACAGCUCCCUCUCCGAGUCCUGGCAGAAGUGUAACCUCUGACCAUUCAUAACAAACCUUUAGUAUCACAGCCAUCUGAAGUUCUGUCUCAUUCCCACAGCCGGACCUCAGAGAUGUACAACAGCAGCUACUCCCGCGCCACUGUGGGACUGGAGACCAAAAAGAUCCACAAGGCGAAGAAGGGGAAAAGCUGCGGCUACUACAUGAGGAUCCUCUUCUUCUUCUCGUCUCUGAUCCAGUCCCUCAUCAUCGUCAGUUUGGUGCUCUUCCUCGUGUACGGCCAGCCAGAGAAGACGGCCGAGGAGAAGAGAGUGGAAGAGCUGGAGCUGGCCUUCAACAAGAUCUCUGGAGACAACACCAAACUCAGAAAAGACAACGCUGACCUCACCGGUUCCCUCAAAGCAAAGACUGGAGAGAAGGAAGCGGCGGAUAAAGAGAUAACAAAGCUGAAAAAUGACUUAACGAUCAAGACCAGUAGCUUUCAGAAGUCACUCGCUGCUUGUGAGGCCAGUAAAGCAAAGGUCCUAAGCACUCGAAAUCCUCCACCUUCAUGUCCACCAAGCAACAACAAUCAGAAUGGUGAAAUAAAAACUCUAAACAGUGCUCUGCAACAGCAGAGAGAACUAUAUGGAAUCCUUAUGAGUAACUUCAGCCAAACGACGAAGUACCUUAAAAUAGACUUGGACAAUGCAGUGAAGGAGAAAAAUGAACAUCACAGCCAGGUGACACAACUGAGGAAAGAAAACAUGAACUUGAAAUCCCAGCUUGACUUGUACACCAAGAAAUGCAAAGAAGACUUUGCAGAGUCCCUCAAAGGCAUCCAGACGGUCACAAGUGCCUUCCUGACCAAAAUCGACAACUUCUUCACCCACUCGGUCACGUUUCACCUCACCUGCACGAAACAGGAAGAGCAGAUGGGAAGGAUUCGCUCCAACUGCACCAGUCUCUCUCGACAGGUGGAGGACAAGUUCCAGAGCUACCUGGACAUCGUGGGAGCGAAGGUCUCCAGCAUUCAGAAACAGAGCAGCCGGUUGGAAGUAGAGAACGUGGAACUGACUUCAGAACUGGACAAGUGCAAAGCGGAUCAGAAGAAAGAGGCUGCGGAGAGCAGCAAAAAACUGCAGGAUGCCCAACAGAAGUAUGACAGGGAGCAGAAGCAGCUUCUCGAGGAGAAAAGCAGACUGAGGAGCGACAAAGAGCAACUCGAAGUCCAGCUGCGAAACGGCUGCACACAACAGCUCAAACCUGCUGGUCAACCCCCUGGCAUGGCCACAUCUGGAAGGGGCCGUUAACCACUAAAGGCUGGGUGUGGAGAAGGGAGUGAUCUGAAUCUCAAGGCCGGACUCUGAGUGUCUUGUGUGUGGGAGUUUCCUGAUUUUGAGCCUGUGAUCUCUUCUGUAAAUACUGUUGUCACUGUGGAUCCCUGUAAAUGUACGUGCACUCUAAUGUUAAGUUCUUUGUAUAGUUGUAUUUAAGCAUCAUGAGCUGUGAGCUUGCAUGACAUGAUAUAUCUACUUCAUCUAGGUCUCAGUUAUUUAGAGUGGUGCAGACCUAAAAAUGUGAGACUGCCUUUCUACAAAGCACACAGUUAAUAUUAAAUACACGACUUUGUUAAAUACUGAGAGAAUCUGAUUCUGUGAAACCUCGUGAUGUAUAUAAUGCUCUUUACACAUUAAUUGUGUUACAGUGAUUGUUCGAACCAGUUUUAAUGUCCUUUUUACUGUUUGUGUUUUCUAAAUAUUUUGUUCUUUCUAAUAUGUUGAUCAGUCUGUUUUGAAUAAAUAAACACUCAUCAAAAUCAA